GCUUGUACCACACCACCAGCCAGCCAGCCAGCUAAUGCACUGCCGAGCCCACACGGUGUCCGCCAUGCCACCGUCCUCCCCUCUCGUCAAGCUCCCCCUCCUGCCGCGCGGCCUCCUUUCCUACCUCCCCGCCUCCAUCCUUCCGAGUAGUGGCCGCGAGAGCACCAUCACGCCCACCACCAGCUCACCCUCGACGCCGCCGCAGCCCGCGCCGCCGUCUCCCAAGAAGAUGUCGUCCUCGCCGGGACAGCAGCAGCAGGCGGGGAGCGGGGGCGGCAAGGCCGACUCGGCGGAGCUGGCGCGCGUGUUCGAGCUGUUCGACAAGAACGGCGACGGGCGCAUCACGCGGGAGGAGCUGGAGGAGUCGCUGGGCAAGCUGGGGAUGUCCGUGCCGGGCGACGAGCUCGCGUCCAUGAUCGCGCGCAUCGACGCCAACGGCGACGGGUGCGUGGACGUGGAGGAGUUCGGCGAGCUCUACCGCGCCAUCAUGGCCGGCGACGGUGGCAGGGCCGGCGGUGAGGGCGCCGGCGCCGGGGAGGAGGGAGCCGGCGGCGAGGAUGCGGACGAGGACAUGCGGGAGGCGUUCCGCGUGUUCGACGCCAACGGCGACGGGUACAUCACGGUGGACGAGCUCGGCGCGGUGCUGUCGUCGCUGGGGCUGAAGCAGGGCCGCACCGCGGAGGAGUGCCGGCGCAUGAUCGGCCGCGUCGACCGCGACGGCGACGGCAGGGUCGACUUCCACGAGUUCCGCCAGAUGAUGCGCGCCGGCGGGCUCGCCACGCUCGGGUGACCGCCCCCGGCCGGCGCCACCUGCAUCUGGCUAUGGAGCGCUGUUCACUGCAUCUAUGCUUGAUCCGUACUAGAACUUGUAGAUAUUGCUUGUUGGCUUGAGGGGAGCUCACGUAACCACGCCUGAUCUUUCUUUUGGUCCUAUCUUCUUUUGUUGAUUUGUUCGUUAUUAGAGAUUGAAUGGGCUUGAUAAUUAACUAUUGUAUUGGUUGUCGCACGAUCUUAAGAAUUGCUCAAGGGAGAAAGGCUUCUCCUGUUUUAUUCA